AUGGCAAGCCAGGAAUUGCUGGCGAAAAAGAGAGAAUGUCUUCAGGCCUACAGCUGGUGGAGAACGCCACAGAAGAAACGGAAGAAAAAGAACAAAAUAAAGCCAGGAAGAAUAGAGUUUGUCCCUAGUAGUACUGCAGCCAGACCAGAUUAUUCAAUAUUUGUUGGGGAGCUUACUCCAGAAGUGGAUGAUUUCCAGCUCUAUGACUAUUUCCUAAAGAGAUACCCCUCAUGUAUUGACUGCAAAAUAGCAACAGAUCUGCUGGGAUACUCCAGAGGGUAUGCCUUUGUCAGAUUUGGUGAGCAAGGUGAUCAGAUGAGGGCACUGCAAGACUGCCAGAAUGCACCAGGUCUGGGGGGAAAACGAAUCCGGCUGAGCAUAGGAAUUUCUAAAAGACUGAAAGCAGAAUUCCAGCGGUACCAAUCAUACAACUACAAUGAUUAUUACCAAGAUUAUCAGAACUACUACUCACAGUGGAAUUACGAUCCUUAUGCUGACUACAACUACAGCUCCUAUACUCCCUAUGAUAACAUGCAAGCUGUUGGAGACUGCUCUUUAGGAGAUACUCUUAUGGCUCCAGCUGUUUUUGAGGAAACUUCAGCUAUGACUGAAAUCAGUGAUGACCUAAUAACUGAAGAUCCACAACUUUACUUGGAUGUUGAUGAAAUGAACAGACAAUUUAUGGAGACAAGUGAAGAACUCUAUGAUUCCCUCAUGAAUUGUCACUGGCAGCCUCUGGAUACGGUCACUUCUGACAUCCCCUCUGCUAUUUAA